GGGGGCGGGGCGCCGCGCGCACGCACACGCGCAUGCGCGGGCCCUGAGCCGCCAUUGGCCGCCCGCAGGCCCCGCCCCCUCGCACGCACUACCAGCGCGGCGGCCGCCGGCGACUCGCGCACUCGGUCCACUCGGAGAGACAAGCGCGACGCGACUGCGCCAGACGCCAGGCCUCGUUGCGGCCCAUCAACCGGUUUAACAAACCCUAACGAGGAUCAAUUCCCUUCAUUCCGGCGAGCCGCCCGCCGCCCGGCUUUCGACAACCCCCGGCGACUAAUUUGCGUGCGAGCCAGCAAUUAGCGCACCAUGGAGGGCGCGCCCUUCGACGACAACCUGUUCGCCGAGUUCCCCGGCCAGGCGGCGCUGACGUACAAGAGCGACUCCCGGGGCGUGCACUCCAUCCAGGUGAUGCUGGGGCUGCAGCACUCGGACAUGAUGCUGGGCACCCCGCUGCCCAAGAUGGAGCAGCACGAGGUGUUCUCGCAGCAGCCAGACCCCACCAAGAGGAAGGACGAGCACUUGCUGCAGCCCCCACCUGCAGCGGCCGAGCCGAGCGUCAAGAAGGACUCCAAGAGCAAGAAAGGUGACAACAGCGGCGUGAAGAAGAAGAAGACGAGGACAACCUUCACGGCGUACCAGCUGGAGGAGCUGGAGCGGGCCUUCGAGCGCGCGCCCUACCCGGACGUGUUCGCGCGCGAGGAGCUGGCGCUGAAGCUGAGCCUCAGCGAGUCGCGCGUGCAGGUGUGGUUCCAGAACCGCCGCGCCAAGUGGAGGAAGCGCGAGCCGCCGCGCAAGACGGGCUACAUGGCCGCAGGGGCGGCCGGCACUGCACUCGGGUCGUCCUUCACGAGCCUCAACAGUGGCCUGGGCUCGUUCCCCGGCACCGCGGCGCCCGGCGCCGGCGCGGACUCCUGGGCCUACUCGCCCGCCUACGACCUGUCGCCGCACCUCAACCUGCUGUCGCCAUCCGGCUCGCACUACUCCGCCGCCUCCUUCAGCACGGCCCAGACCAGCUCCUACUCCUCGCCCUACUCCGUGCUGGGUCAGCACGACGCAUCUCUCUUCCCGGUGCGCUCUCACCAGGAGUACUUGUCGGCUGACAGCGGCAGCCCCAUCCGGGCGCACCAGGAGUACAUGACCACCGGCGGGAACAGCCCCAUCCGCGGACACCAGGACUACCUGCCCGCCGGGAACGGCAGCCCCAUCCGCACGCACCAGGAGUACAUGUCUGCCGGCGGGCACAGCCCCAUCCGCGCUCACCAGGAGUACCUGCCCGCCGGGAACGGCAGCCCCAUCCGUGCGCACCAGGACUACAUGACUGCCGGAGGGCACAGCCCCACCGGCGGACUGCGCCAGCACCAGGAGUAUGUGGCCAACCCCAACAGCCCUCACGCACACGGCCACGGCGACUACGUGUCUGCAGGCACGGACAGCCCUCACGCGCACCACGACUACAUGGCGGGCGCGCACGGCUCGCCCCUGCAGGAGUACCAAGCCAUGGUGGCCGCCCCCCCUCACUCCCCGCAGCUGCUCGACCAGCACAAGCCCCUGCCGUACGUGGACGUGGAGGCCCUGGGCGCCCAUGACAACGCCUUCCGGCCCUCCGAGGACGUAAAGGAGGGCGGGCCCCAGGGCUACGUCGCCCUGCCGCCCUUCCUCGGCUGACUGCGGGCCCGCCUGAGCGGCGGCCGGUCUCCGCGCGACGUCACCUUCGAGUGACGCCAGCCGCUCUGCCGAGAGCAGGUCACAGUCGCUGCCACCAGCGGGAGGAACUAGUUGCCCUGCCGCCCUUCCUCGGCUGACUGCGGUCCCGCCUGAGCGGCGGCCGGUCCCCGCGCGACGUCACCUUCGAGUGACGCUGGCCGCUCUGCGCGAUGCCGGAGCUAGUCGCCAGAGACCAGGUGUCAAGGCUUCUAGGGUAUCGCACAAACCUGGCUGUCUAAUGUCCACACAAUGUGAAAUAUUUCACGAGCAAUACAGAAACAAACACACCUUCGUAAAUAGGUGACAAUCAAGUACUUUAAUAAUAGGUGGCCGUGUCCUCGAAUGGGGUGAUUAUUAAUGUCCCUUUUUACUAGCGUGUGCACCAUUACCUUGAUCCCUGAACAAUAUCGCCUGAAAAACAAUAUCAACACAAUCUUUAAAUAUGAAUAAUGGGACUAGAAAUUUAUGGUAUUUCGUAGGCUUCUAUCUCCACCAAGAGUGUUACGUGUCAUAGUCAGUCGAAGCAUGACGUUCGGCGUAGGCAGGCUUGUUCGCUCUGAAACAAGUGAGCAGAGCAGCUCCGUGCUGACGUGGGGUAGGUACCAGCUCUGUGCGCACAACACGCGCUCACGUGUGUCUCGGCUCUACGGCGCUGAUACCACGUCUCUCGAAGCGAGCAACACAAUGGUGCUGAACCUGGAGCUAAGCCUUGCAACUAUUCUUUCAGGCCACAGAACAAGUCAGGAAGUGUUCAGCGCUUUCAUGCAGAAUUCAUCAUGACCUCUCUUCAACAUCAAUGACGCAGCAUAUGCAAUAAUUUAAAACAACAGUGCUUUCACUGAGUGUAGGAAAUGUGUUUUUAGACUUUUUUUGACAGUAUGUUGGUGACAAAGCAUAAUAUGUGUGCGGCGACUCCUUUGUUAGGAAUGUUGCUGCUUUUGGUUAGCAGCAGCGAGGGCGACAGCACGGCCCAGUGCGACUGAGCGAGCGCGGUAGGUUGGGAGUGACGAGGUCAGCACGGACUGUGGAAGGCUUCAUGGAGUACAAAGGGUGGGGAGGGUAACUAAAGUCCUACUCCUCCGAUUGGCUUAACUGCAUCAACAUACAAUAUCCCAGUGAAAGUUUAUCAGAGCAAUUUUUUUUAAAACUUCUUGCCAAGUUAUCCAUCUAGUGAUUGGGAUAAUUCUUUCACAUUCUCAAUAAGGCAAUAAGACCAUUCCCGGCGAGUCUACUCGUGGAACUCGCGGCAAUCGGCCAGAUGAAGGGCGAUGCUCGUGAACAAGCAGUUGCAGAGGUCUGCCAACAUGUCGACAACCACACAAGGAUUGUGCACCGAGUUGCUUCACCCCAUAUAUCGCUCAGUGCGUGACGUUCUGUGAUACGUAGGGCAUUACCCAAACACCCAAUAUGCAUCGUUAAAGUGACUUUGUUUCUACAGAUCUAAAUGUAUUAUGUUCUGUAACUGUGAUGUUACCUUACAACAUUGUAACUAUUCAUGAAUAUUAGGAAAUAGCUUUUUUUAAGUGCAAAUUUAUAAGGAAGUGUGAUUGAAAUGUAGAACAAGUUGUUACGGUUGUUACCUGCAGUGAUGUGCUCGCAUGGGAACAUUCUCGUGCCCCGCGUGGAGGCGAGCGCAGGUAUCAGCUCAACGUUGCCUGGACGUUGACUGCUGUCCUGCUUCCGGCACGAGAGUGCGUGCAAGCCGCCUGGACUCGUCACAGCCGGGCAAUUUGUUUGUGUCCGCAUGUGCUAGUUGCUAGUUCUAGAAUAUUUCCAAAGAAAUUUGCUUUUCUUUAGAGUUGCAUUCAAGUGCCUUAUUAUCGUAUGGUUAAUUGCAGGUGGGUGUACAAAUUGUGUUGUUACAUUCCUGUGACACAAGAUUACUUGUUACUCACUUGUAGACCAGUCGUGUUACAUAGUUUAUAGCAAUAUUGCACAUAUUGUACAAGUUCUGAGUGCAGAAAACGACACUGCCUGCUGGCGCGUUGGUCGCACUGCGCGGCAAUGGCACCUGGCCGCGACCGGUGCUCAGGGCUCGCAGAUGUAAUGCAAUGAUGUCUAGUGUUGUUCUCACACUGCCACUCACUCCUCUGUUACAUUAACACCUGGAAGCCAUCGUCUGUGUUCCAUCUACCACCUCAGGAGGUGAGUGCGUGUGAGCUGAACUGCCAGAACAUGCUUUCCACAACUUGGGCUUGGUUGGCAUCCCUGCAGGUAUGUGAAGCCAGACACCCUCACACAGCAGUGCUGCCAAUGAGCUGGGUAGGCAUAGGGGCAGGGGCGUUUCCGUCCGCUCUCCGCAAGUGUCUGUAUACAUUUUAUAUCAGGAAAUAAAUGCACACUUUUACUGAA